UCUAUGAAGGUCAAUCCCAACAGGACUGUACACCCUGUGACCCCUCUAGCUGCGGCUCCACAAUAACUGCAAAGGAAGGAACAAGGGUAGGGAUCAUAGGAACACAUUCCAUUGCCUCCCAACCCUCCCCCUGCCCAUAAACUCAUUCAGUAGUGGCAUUGGCCUCUGUCCCCGGUGCAAGGUAGAUAAAUAAAAGUCUAAUCCUGGUCGGUGACGUAAGCUUAAACUUGCCCUGCAUGAUAGCCAUUUGGCACCAAAAGGAGCCACGAUGAUGCCCAUGGGAGUCACAGCUGGUGUGGCAUAAUUUAUUGACCGGCACACAUGAUGAUGAUCCAGAGAAAGGGGAAAAAAAACUCAAAUUUUGCAGGAAACAUUACUUCCUGGUGCCACUGGUUAUCAGGAUUGUUGUCAUUUGCUUCUAUAUGAUCCUGGGAAAACAGAAAACGAAGUUCGGACUGGCUGGCAACUUGCAAAUCAGGCGGAACCUGGAGAAUAUAUAACACUGGCCGUCAGGUAUCUGAGAACCAGCACUAUAGAUUCCAUGAUCUACAACAGGUCUACUGACGUCUGCUGUCCAUUCAAAUAAAACAAAACUCGUGAAUGGAUCCCGAGGGAUGGAAAAUGGCUACAACUGGAUAUAACUUCAUAAAAAAACGGAAAGAAGGGAACCAUGUCAAACAUCCAAACACAGAAAGACUGCAGAAAAGGGUGUACCAUGGGGAAGUCGUCAGUGACAGUUCAGAAGCCAAGCAUCUUCAAACCAAAGUCAGAAGUGACUAUGGAACUGGCUGCUCGGCAGGGAGGCAAAGUCGUACUGAAAUGGGGAAACCACAUAUUGAAGAAAAUGCUAUGACAUCAGUCAGUAAAUAUACAGUGAAGAAAUGGAACACAUGGACACCAGAUUCUAUGGAACACAUAGAAAACUUAGCGUUUACCAAUUAUGACAGAGAGUCUCAAAUUGUGACAAAACAAGGCUUUGGAGUGCAGGUUAAAAAGUUUCCCAUUCAGAUUAAAGAUGGUAGCUCUUCUUUUCUCCAAAAAAAAGAUAAGACACAAUUUAACAGAGAUCAUGUGAUGGUAAAUUAUUCUCCCACACCCACUAAUACCAAAGACCCAUCAGUUGCCCCCUCCCAGAAGGCAAAGAUGCAAAGCAACAGACGAAGUGCCAUAUCGGAAACUAUGCUGCAAAGUCAGGGGACAGAACACUGUGAAAAGUCCAGGCUUUACCAAGGAAUUCCUUUGUAUCAUUCUCAUAAGAAAAUUACUAUUCAAAAAAGCCCCUCACCUUAUAGUAGACUGACUGGACCCUGGCAAAGAAAUAAGGUAACUAGUCGAGAAACUCCAGCAAGUGCAACUAACAAAGAACAGCACAAAAUUAUAGAAAAACAUAGAUUAUCUUGCAAAGAUAUGGCUUCAGUAAGUACCACAUUGGCUAAUAAAGGAAGUGGCAGCGUUGUCCGCUUUAAGACUGGUGUGCUGCCUGUAAUUUCACAAUACAGGAAAACAGAAGAAAAAAUAAAGUUGGAGCCCACAGUUGUCAAACCACAAGACAAGCCUGUAAGUAACAAAAAGUACCGGAGAUUUCUGCUGAUCGAUAGUCAAGGCCUGCCAUACACAGUAGUUGUGGAAGAAUCUAAAACGGCAGAUACAAGUAAGGCUCCUGAUGGACCUGCUUCUGAUUCAUGUAGUGAUGCCACGAAAUCUGCAGCCCCACGUAAGGUGUAUAAAUGCCCCGUGUGCUUUAGGAUAUUUGAGUACCUCUCCUACCUCCAGAGGCACAGUAUUGCACACUCCCAACAAAAACCCCAUGUCUGUAAGGUUUGUGGCAAGGCUUUUAAAAGGACUUCUCAUCUUACACGCCACAAAUAUACUCAUUUUGGUGGAAAACCUUGCGAGUGCCAGAUCUGUCACAGAAGGUUCCGUGAUGCAGGGGAACUAACGCGUCAUCAACAAAGCCACGCUGGAGAAAGACCUUACCAGUGUGAUAUUUGCCUUGUGCGAUUUGAGGAACACAGUGCUCUGCAGAAUCACCUAUUAUCAAAACAUGUCAAAUAAAUAUGCCAGGGGAAAUUCGUUAAAGCCCAUCCCUCGAUUGUUUUACUGGUGUACACCAAGAUCAUCCUUAUUGAUAGCUUUAUGAUGGUUGGGAUUCUUACUGGACCAAAACAAUCAAGAUUCCAUGCAUUAGCGCAAAACCUUAUAGCACUUGCUUUCCUGUGGGAAGCCCCAAACAGAGAGGAACAACUUAGAUAGAUUGCAACCAAACUUCAAGAUUAUCUAGAGUUAGUUUUGCAACACGUAAUUUUUAGCCACAUAGUACUGAAAUAGGGAGCUAAGCUGCAGUAGAUGUAAAAUGUUAAUACUUGUUUUUAUAAAUUUUUUUUUACUUUGUAUUAAACAUAUUUCUAUGUCCAAACUAUGAACAUUUUUUAAACCCACACUAAAUCCAUUAGAGUGAAAUGGUCAGUAUUAAUUACACUGGGCUUGUACCACAAUUCAGAACACCGGAGAAGUUUAAACCAUGAUCCCAAAACAGUCCAUAAACCACUCUAAUCACAAAAAAUAGUUGCCUAGACUUUAAAACUGUGCAUACGCACCAACAUCCACUUGUUUCGUGAAGUCAAACGAGGGGAUCCUUAUCUGGUUUGCCCUACAACGUGUUGGCCCCAAUUGGGGGAUGAUCCAGUAGCUGAGCCCCUGGAACAAACACGGAAUCAUAAUGGGGGUCUACGGAGACCUCUUGGGAGAGAAACAAAUGUUCCAAUGUUGUUCUCACCUGACUGGCUUUAAAACUUGUCCAAUAGAUAUUUGCCUUAUUUUCUGACAGAUAUCCAUCCGGCAAGUUACCAAAAGAGCCUCAUACACAGACCAAUAAGCUGCUGAUUGCUGAGCGACUUUAUAUUAAGCUUAAGGUUAAAGUCUCAGCAGGAGAUUCAUUGGUGGUUUACUAUAUCAGUAGUAGUAACAGGGCGCGUGGAACUGUUUAUAAUAACUUUUUUCCGUGAACCAUUGGUAUUUGCACCUAUAUAACACACCUGUCAACUGAAAAAGUAAAUGGUCAAUGGUUGUGCUACAAUAGGGUGAUUCCAGCUGUCCAGAAUGGGAAGGAUAAAAGACCAUUCCACAUAUGUUAUUGUUGAUGCUAAAUGCCUUCAAAUCUCCUGGUGUCACAUAAACCUUACUGUAUGGAUACCUACUGGCAUUGCUGUUCACAUUAACUAUUUCUGAAUGCUUUCCCGUAAAAUAUAUUCUAUAUAGUGUAAGUUUAGUUAGCUAUCCAAACUAAACUAUAUCAACAUAAUGGCAAGAUGGAAAUUGCACUACAUUAGGGGGGUAAUUUACUAAACUGAAUGCAAAAAUCCCGAAAAAUUUGUGAUUUUUUUUUUUAAAAUAAAAUCUGACUUUUAAAAAAAAAUCACAAAUUUUUCGGAAUUUAUUGAACCCUGAGGAUGGAAAAAUCCGAAUGAGAAAAUCCGGCAUCUCAUGUAGAGGUUGCAUAUAAGUCAAUGGGAGAAGUCCCAAUGAUUUUUUGAUGUGCGUUAGGUUUCGUGCAAAAAGCAUAAGAGCAUCAGGUGAAAAAUCCAAAAAAAUAGUGAAAAUUUGAUUUUUUUUUUUUCCGCAAAGCAAAUUUCGGGAAAAUGUAAUAAUAAAUAAGCAUAAAAAACCUGAGCGGAUUUGAUCGGAGUUUGUGGCAGAAAAUGUUGAGAUAAAAUCGGAAAAGUGACUGCUUUGGUUUCAAGUGGAAGAUAAUGCCUAUAUAGUCUGUAAAAAGAGUGCCUGUAGGGUUUUUUCCCCAGCAAAUAUUGCACCUUACCUGUUAAUUUGUAAUGUCUUUAAGAUGGCCAUACAUGUACCAAUAGUAUGAGUCGAUUUUUGAUGUGCAAGUUAGGAGGCAGAAUCCUCUAGGUAUCUAGGUAUCCUGGUACCACGGAUAUUGGUGGACUAGUUGUCUGGCCAGGUUUGAAAAUUUCGGGUUGGCUUAAAAGAGCAAAAUUAUUGUGAUGUUUAUUUUAAAUCAGACUUGAUUGCAUAACAAUGGAAUAAUCCUUUUUUUCUACUGUCGAUUUUGAUAUUUAUGGUAAUGUUACCCUACCUGCCUACAGAAUGAUAUUUACCAUGAUCAUGGAAAGGUUUUUACAUGUACAUCCAGCUUAAGUCACAACCCAUUUUUAUCUCUGAGUAUGGCCCUAUACACAAGCCCACUGUUAUUACUUUAUUCAAAAGCACUUACACCCAAAAAUAUGUGGUAUAUACCUGACUAACCUUGUGACAGCCACAUUGCAUUCUGGUAUUUUCAAUAGAGAAAGUGUUUUUAAAUUGGUUUGUUGCAUAGAUGGGGAUAUUUAAAACAAGAGCUUAUCUUCUCCUAUACAAAUGAAGCUCAAAUUAAUUUCAAGGAGCAAUGAUUACUUUUCAUAUUUGUCUUGCAAUGUGAAUGUCUGACUGACUAAAGGUUAUUAGUAAGUAUAGAUUGAAACUAUCAUCACAUUUUGCUGUGUUUUAUUUUUAUUGCAUUCCUAUGGAACAAAUACCUUGAUAUAUUAAAUAAAGCCAUUUUAAUAUCA